AUGAUAGAGCCAAUGGUUGAGCUCAACAAUUCCGUGGCCAUGACUUCUGGCCAAAAGUGUCUGAGCGAUGGGUUGGACAGGUUUGCCGAGCAGUUCCUGUCCUUGUUUUAUAUCAUCUCUCCGAUGGAGACCACACGCGAUGACCCCUAUCUGGUGCCCGACUAUGAAGUGGCCUUGAUACCAGCGAUUGGUCUUCUGUUGGUCAUCGAACAGGUCAUCCGAUUCUUCCAACGAAAACAAUUGUCCAGAUUUCCAGAUCUGGUCAUCAAUACGGGUUCGGCCCUCAUAUUUACAUUAGCCCGGGUAUUUCUACUGAGCCUGGUCAUCACAAUAUUCACGUGGCUCUACACCAACUACCGAGUGGUAGACCUGCCCCUGCAUUCUGUGUGGACAUGGGUUUUAUCAUUACUAUUGGUAGAGUUUGUCUACUACUGGACUCAUCGGGCGCUCCACGAGUUCAACAUACUAUGGGCUGCCCAUCAGUUCCACCACAUGGCCGAAGACGUCAACAUUACCACAACCAUCCGGGACUCGAUCGUCGAUUUGGUUAUAUAUGAUAUAUUCCCACUCCCAUUGGCCAUCAUAAUCCCGCCGCCCAUACUUGUGGUGCACAUUCAGUUCAGUCUAAUCUAUCAAAUCUGGUUACACAACGAAGUGAUCGGUAAUCUCGGGCCCAUUGAGUACAUAAUCAAUACUCCCCGUCAGCAUCGGGUACAUCACGGCAAGAAUCCCUACUGUAUUGACAAGAACUACGGGGCGCUCAUCAUGGUAUGGGACCGACUAUUUGGCACCCAUCAGACAGAACAGGACCCCAUUGUGUUCGGUGUGGUGUCGCCGGUGCCCAAGACCUUUGACUCCAUGACCCUUCAGUUUGGUUACUAUCGCGACAUUUGGCACAAGUUUAAUACGGUUGAAGGCGUGGGCAAUAAGCUGUCGGCCCUGUUUAAGGGUCCGGGUUGGAUGCCCGGCAAACCCCGGUUGGGAUUGAUAUCCGAUGUGCCCGAACCGGACCGCAGUCUCCCGAAGUACAGUCACGACCCGUAUAUACCGUUUUGGAAAAUGGUUUACAUCGGCUUUCACGGGGCGUUUGUUGUAUUGGGUUUCUAUCUUCUCGCCGACCAUCCAUUCAUUCGAUUUUCGCCGAUGAAAGGCCUGAUUGGCAUGUUUUACAUCAUAUUCCUGUUGACGGCUUUCGGUGCUAUAUUUGAUAACAGAAAAUGGGCGCCAAUACUGGAAAUCAUGCGAUGUCUAGUGUUUUACGCGUUUGACUACUACCUGAUAACACCCGUCCACUCGACUCUCGGCCACAACGAGUACUUCGUGUUGAGUAUAACCCUAUGGACAGUACGGACGGCACACAUGGUGUCCAUCCUUUGGUGGUUAGUCUAUAUGAUUGUCGAUUACGUCCGACGGGAAGAUCGGGACAACGGAUCCGAUUAUAUGAUGGCAUCCAAUGGCGAGAAAGACGUCGAGUCGGACACCUCCUCAAUGAUAGCCCGCAAUAAAUGCCAGAAUAUAUUCAUUAUAUUU